AUGGAAGCUUCGGCUCCAUCGUCAAACAUACCUAAUGAGAUUAUUCGAAUUAUACUUUUGAAGUUGCUGGUGAAGUCUAUCAUACGAUUCCGAUGCGUAUGUAAACAGUGGCGUUUGAUGAUACAAGAUUUAGAUUUCAAGUUGUCGUAUGGUGGAAAAGGACGACUGAUCAUCCUCUCGAACGAAUCCGAACGCCGGGGUUCCCAAAAUUCCAGAAAAUUGGUCGUUAGAUCCACUACAAGACAUGGUGAUCUUCGUCUUGAAAGGGAAAAAUGGCCGUUGGGUGAGGCUUCGGCUUAUCCAUUCAUUCCUGGGAGCGACGAAUACCGCGUUAGAGCUCUAUGUUCUUGCAACGGGUUUGUGCUUCUGGCGGCGGGUGGGAGAGAUAUUUUGUUGUGGAACCCGUCCACCAGGUGUUCGACGAAAGUGCUCGUGUCGCCAUAUCCGGUGCUUAAAAGUCUAGGUAACCUUGCGGGGCUAUGCUAUGACUCUUGCACUAGAGAUUACAAGGUUGUCCUUUUAAUUCGCUCCUGUAGAAAUUAUUUUGGCUAUAAAUUUGAAUGUUUUGACAAUCCGUUUGUCAUCUAUGCAAGCCUUAACCACAAAAAGUGGUCACAUGUGUGGUUCCCUUAUGACUUCGAUUCUGCUAUAGGCAGCGUUGAGUUUCGCAAUACGUUUCAUUGGUGGGUAAAUGACAUCAAAGGUCCGUAUGAUUGGGGUAGUGAUUACUUUCCGGCCGAUAGGGAUAGGAAUAGGAUCGUAUAUUUUGAUCCUGUGCAUGAUAAAUUCAGAAUCUUGCCCACCCCUACCGAACUGAGCUCGAUAGUCGGGUUAGGGGUUAUAGAUGCCUGUUUAUCCAUGGCAUGCAUUCCUCAUCACAUAGAGGAAGAAACCAAAACAAUCCAAGUACUGAUUAUGAAGGAAUAUGGCAGACAAGAAUCAUGGAUGACUGUGUUUGCUAUCCAAAUGCCUCAACUUACCGUUACUUAUGGGGGUUAUGGCUUAACAUUCUAUUCUCAGAAAAAUAAUACACAAGAAAAUGUAUUAUUCAUGCGUAGGAGUUCAGAUCGGCAACAUUUAUAUGUUUAUGAUCGGAAAAAAGACGAAGUGAAGGAAGUGCUGAUGGACUUCCUAAAGCAGAACACAGGUCUUGGGUCCUAUGCUAGUAUGUGUUUCUAUGUUGAGAGUUUUAAUUGCUUGCCCCUGCAGUCACAUGAAUAA